AUGCCGCGGCGGCCCCGAGGCGGGCCGCGCGGCCUCGGGGCCCGGGGCGCCGCGCUGCUGCUGCUGCAGGCCCUUGUGGCACGGCGUGCCCACGGGUCCAGGACGCGGUCCGAGGCCAAGGCGAAGGUGGCGGAGCAGAUCGCGCAGCCCGUGUUCCUCCUCAUGAGCAGCCCCGCCGAGCAGAAGGUGAGCUACACGCUGCUCCAGGACCCCGAGGUGCCCGCCGCGGCGAUCCUGCCGCUGAUCGACUCGGGCCUGGGCGAGCCGCACGGCAUCGCCUACGACCCGAUCGGCAGCAUCCUCUACGUGGCAGAUUUCGCGGAGGAGGCCAUCUUGUGCUACCGCAUCGGGGUGCAGAAGUGCGCCAGGAACGACUGCACGCUGGAGUACGAGCUGGUCGUUGACAGCGUGCAGAUGCACGUGGCCUACUCGGUGAAGACAUCCUGGGUCUCGUUGGACCACUACGGCAAUUUGUUCUACAGCGACGAAGCCAAAAAAUCGAUCAACCGGAUCGACAUCAUGCUUCUCAGGAAGAUCCACGCUGGCCUCGUUACUGGCGAGCAGCUCAAGCACUCGCACGAGUCUCAACUCGCCAAGGCCGCAGGCGCGACGCCAGAUCAGGCGAAGAAGGUCACCAUAACGUCUGAGUACCUGGAGCUGAUGGAGACUAGCAUCGUGUCGCUCUACGAGGCGGGCGCGGGCGCGAAUAUAGGGACGCCGGCCGGCGUGGCAUCCGAUGGUGUCGAAGUGUUUUGGACCAACCAGGAGGGCGGCAUCGUAAAUGGCUCUGUCACGGGUGGCCUUGUAGAGCCACAGGCUAUAUCUAAGACCAUCACAGUGGCGAACGUGACAGCGAACGCGUAUGGUAUCGCAUUGACGAGUACCCAGGUUUUGUUCACGGAUAAGGAGAAUUUCGUUUAUAUUGUGAGCAAGAGUGGUGGCGCAGUGACAGCUCUUACUUCCGGAUUGCACUCACCACGUGGACUCGUGUGGAACGGCUACUACACCUCCUUCGUCGCCGACUCGGGCUCCGACGCUGUCUUCAGCUUCCCCACGGGCGAUGCAUCCGAGAACCAGCCUUUGCAGCUGAUUGCCAGUUUCCACGACCCUUUCGGCAUCGCGCUGAUCAAGGCGACGGAUCCGGCGUUCGCGCGGCUCCAGGCGCGCAGCGCGGCCGGAGGCGCGGAGGCCACAAAGGGCACGUGCCAGAAGAGGAAGGGGCAGCUCGAGAUGCUCGUCAGCAUGGUGUUGUGUGGGAGAGGCUGGUCAAUCGAGUUCGUGGUCGUGCUCGUGGUGGGUGGCUUCGCGUACGGCAGCGUCGUUGGCGGCUACUGCUUCAAGAGCUCGCUGACGGCCCCCGCGGUGCAGCCUGCACCCGCUCCAGCAUCGCUUCAGGAGGCCGCGGACACUCGACCUCGCGAGUGCGGCGACUACCCAGGCGAGGAAGUUCCGCCUUCAGGUGGAAUGGCUGCUCGCGCCGCUGGACAGUUCCACUACUUUCGGUACAACGUCGGGGCGCCCGCUAUCCUCCACGAGAGACUCAGUCUGCUGCCUGGGUACAUCCUUACCCCUGACGAUGAGGUAUAUGCUGAGAGCGACUCGGCAGGUGGUGACUCGAGAGCUGUGCAUGACUCGGCGGGCCAUGGCGACGCGAUCGUCGGCGUCGCCGCCAACAAGCUCUACAAAUUCAGGCGGCUGCCGUCUGCAGCCGUCGCCUGGGCUGCUGCGCGUAGCGGCGUCGCCCAGGGCCAUGGGCCUCUGGCGCCGUCGCCCUUCAUCCUCGAGCUCAGCGCCGACAACGUGCUGGGCGUGGCGAAGGGGGUCCUGGCCGUGUUCGACCCGCUCGGAGCGGCCCCCGCCGCCGCCGCGCCUGGCGCCCUGGCCUUGGCUGGCGCGGCCGCGCCCCCCGCGGGCGCCCCUGGGCCGCCUGCCGCGUCUGCCGCUACGCCUGUGGGCGGGCUGGGUGCGCUGGCCGCGGCGCUCGGUGCGGGGGGGGCCGCCCUCCCUGCCGCCGCUGGCCCUCCGGGCGUCGGCGCCGCCGCCGCGGCCCCCGCGGCCCCAGGCGCCGCAGGGUCUGAUCCCCGCGUGCUGGCCACCGUCCUCGACGCGCGGGGGGUGCGGGACAUGCCUGUCAGGGACGCUGUCAAGCGCCAGACCGAGACCCCCCGCGCCGACUGGCCCGUGAAGGGCCUAACGACCACGACGCGGGUGCUCCACUUCAUGUUCCGCAUGGCGGGCGGGGCGACGGCGUGGCUCAACCGCUGGAUGGCCAUUAAGCAGGCCUCAGAGACGGACGACACCGACAGGCUGCACGAGACGCUGAGCCGCGUCGUCGAGACCUCGCUCUGCCACGACCAGCUGAUCAUCUGCGAGUUGUCUUCCUACGAGUUCCUAUCGCGGCAGCUGCUGAUGGUGGAGGAGCGUUUCUUUGAGGAGCGCGCGCGCAGGACUCACCCUGCGCCCAAGGCCAAGGGCCAGGCCAAGGACGGCGCCGCGGCCGCGGCCGCCGACGUUUCCUCCGAGCUUGGCCACUUCUUCGGCACUGGAGAGACCAUGGGCAACUUGUGCAUUUUCCCACCCGUAAUGGAUUGGAUCGCUGAGCAGAUGAAGAGUGAGGCUGCCGUUGCGAAGGAACGCCGCAAGGUGACCAUCGCCAGCGUGACGUUUUUCCGCUUCCUCUUCUUCCAGUGGAUGGGCGUCGCCAUCUUCCGCUUGGUCGCGGGGCUCGUCUGCGCGCCGCCAAAGGCAGCUUCCGUGGACUACAUCGCGGGCUUGCACCGCGACUUCGAGCUGCCCGCCGCCUACUCGGAGAGAGGCCGCGAUUGCGAAGCAUCCCUCGUAGAGAUGCUCGCACAGGCACCCGGCUACGCUGGUGACAGCGGUCGAGUGCGCCCCUACAGCAUGCCGCUUGUGGCCUGGCCCGAGUCGACGAAGGCAGUCUCCACCUGCGGCGUCGUCUCCGAGGCCGACUCCAUCGUGCUGCAGGAUUGGAGGCAGAGUAUGCUGAAUCCCGAGUCGGUGGCGGCGGAGCUGCGCGAUUCGCCGGGGGUUAUCCGCCCUUAUGUCGAUCCUGAGCUGCGCUUUAAGCCGAAGUCCUACGCUGAGUUUUUGAAGCAGCUGGAGGCCCAUGGCAUGAUCACCUGGCGGGGUUCCAGCGAACAGGCAUCCUUCUCUACUGGUCUCUUCUUCGUGCAGAAAUCAAACGGCAAGCUGAGGUUGGUGUUCGACACCAGGCUGGCCAACUGCAGUUUCUCGUGCCAACCAGCCACUCGUCUGCCCACGCCCAGCGCGCGGGCCAGUCUCGACUGCGACGACAGUUUUUAUUUCGCGCAGGGCGACAUUCAGUGUUUUUUUUAUCAUUUACGACUGCCAGCUGGCAUGGAGUCGUUGUUCUCUCUGCCACCGAUAAACAACAGAUUCAUCGGCCUCAAGUCGGUCAACGGGGUUCGUCUUGGCAUCAACGACUGCGUCCAGCCUCUUGUCACGGUCGUUCCCAUUGGGUGGAGUUGGGCCCUUCACCUGUGCCAGAGUGCGCUGACGAGAGCCCUGUCGGAUGUCGGGUUCGGCCGCGACGGUAUGAGUCUGGAUGGGGGCUGCCCUCGGCCCUUGGUCGCUGAGAAGGACGCGGUGUGUGCAGGAUACGUUGACAACUUCUGUGUCGUAUCCAAGUGCGCCGAGACAGCCACGUCCCUGGCGCGUGCCGUUGCUGACCUUCUCACGGCCCGCGGGCUGCCUGUCUUGGAAUUCUCCCCUGCGGUCAGUAAGGGGGUAUUCACGGGCUUGGAGAUCGACGGAGCCUCUGGGAUCAUUCGUGUUCGUCCUGACCGCCUCGCUCGCACUCGUCAAGCCGUUCUCGGGCUUUUGAAGCGUGGGCGGGCCUCUGCUGGGGCCCUCAGCGUGCUCGUAGGCCACUGUACUUGGGGGGUGAUCCUGAGGCGCGACGUUCUGAGCAUCUUUAACGCGGUCUAUCGGUUCAUGGGGGCUGUGGGACCUCAUCCUGGACCCCUGUGGCCCUCGGUCGUCAGGGAGUUGUCGGCUGCCGUGGCCCUCAUCCCGCUCUGGAGUGCCUCUACAAGGUCGGCCGAGUCGCCGAACGCUGGAGAUAUCGUCAUGGGGAUGCCGUGCUUGCCAGAUCACAUGCCCUUGACGUCGACGGUCGAGACGAUGCUGCCGACGGAGGUGAUCAAGGCUGCGAGGGCCAGGCGGGGACAUCCUGGUCCGCUGACGCUCCUGCGGGGCGGACUGUCGGUGCUGGAGGCCAACGCGGUCUCGGAGUCGACGGGCAAGAACUACCACGCCUCCGCCCUCAGGUUUCUGAACUGGUGCCUCUGGACCGCCCGGGACUUCAAGAACAGCGUCGAGCUCGACACGAUCCUCGUGGUGUUCUUCGUCCACCUCUUCCUCGACGGCCACGACAGUGCGACGGGCCGCGUCACGAUGGCCUCUCUGAAGCACCAUCUGCCGUCGAUGCUGAUGGGCAGCCGCCCGCUGCCACGGGCCUUUCGGGCCCUUCAAGGUUGGACGAAGCUCGUGCCGCCGCAGAUGAGGCUGCCGCUGCAGAGGGUCGCGAUGUUCGCCAUCGUGGGCGCGCUGCUGUCUCAGGGGCUUUUGUCGCAGGCGGUCUUCGUGAGGAUCGCGUUCGACACGUACCUCCGCCCCAGCGAGGCCUACCAUCUCACGGCGGCCUCCCUGAUCGCGCCGAGGUCGGGCGCCACGGAGGGCCACCAGCACUGGGCACUGUUAGUGAACGACGCGGCGAGCGGGGGGCCUGGCAAGACGGGGGUCACCGACGAGAGCGUCAUCGUCGACGAUCCGCUCCCCUGGCCUCUCCUCGAGGCGCUUCGGCAAGGACGCCGCGCGGAGGAGAGCCUCUGGGCCUUCACGCCGCACCAGCUGCGGCGCGCUUUCGCGGGGGCCCUGGUCCAGCUCGGGAUCUCCGACCAGCAGACCUCCCUCUACUCGCCGCGCCACGGGGGGGCCUCCGACGACCUCCUCUCGGGUCGCCGCACGAGGAAGGAGGUCAAGGACCAGUCUCUGAACAGGUACGCCAAGCGGGCGCGCAUGCAGCAGCGGCUGGGUCAGCUCGACCCCGCGCUGGUCGACUUCGGGCAGAAGGUCGAGAGCGAUUUGCUGGGCCUGAUGGACGUGAUGGCGAGGGCGGGCAUCUUCUCGCUGCCGCUGCCGCCCCUCAGGCCGGUGUCGGCGUCGGCGCCGGUGCAGGCGCCUCCCGCGAUGACCGACAAGUGGCUCUUCGUGUGA